CGAGUCGCAGGGGACCCCGACCCGAAGGGAUUUGGACUAGGAUAUUCAGGGGCAGGGAGGGGAGGCAGGAUGUGUGGAGGCCUCAGGAAGCACAGUGGUGGAGCCGGGAGCCCCCUUGCUUUAUCCCACCAGCCACGCUGGGGAGCACCAGGAGGACUCAGACAUUUUGGGGGCUGUUACCUCAGACAAUACCGGCUCUCCUCAGUAACUAUGUCUGCUCACAAUUUGUCUUUGAAACCUGUGGAAAGAUCCUAAGGUACAGGGAAAGAAACCAAAAGCGGAGGAGAGUUGCUGGCUGCUGACAAGGAGUAACAAACGACUUGUGGCCUUAGUGCCAAAUGACACUCCAUUCAAUACUCGACGAGCCUACACAAGCGAAGAUGAAGCUUGGAAAUCAUACUUGGAGAAUCCUUUGACAGCAGCCACCAAGGCUAUGAUGAGCAUAAAUGGAGAUGAGGACAGUGCUGCUGCUCUCGGCUUGUUGUAUGAUUAUUAUAAAGUUCCCAGAGAUAAAAGGCAGUUGUCUGUUAACAAAGUGAGUGACAGUCAAGAAGACCAAGAUAAAAGGAGUUGUCUUGGUGCUAAUGAGACUCAGAGUAAUUUGAGUGGAGGAGAGAACCGAGUGCAAGUCCUGAAGACAGUGCCAGUUAACCUUUCCUUAAACCAGGAUCACCUGGAGUCUUCCAAAAGGGAGUACAGCACAAACGUAUCUGGGAGCCCAACGCAGGUUUCUGCAACUGGAAUUACUGUGGUAAAGGUAGAAGAGUUCACCCCAGUCUUUAUGGCCCCGCAAGUUCAUUAUACAAGAGGAGAAAAUGAGGAACACCGUGGGGUUAUCUUUGAACAGACUCAGUAUGAAAUGCCCAACAUUGCCCCCCAUACAAACUAUCUCAAAGAUGACCAACGUAGUACUCCUGAUAGUACUUACAGUGACACUUUCAAAGACGGAGGAACAGAAAAGUAUCGUAGUGCAUCAGUGGGGGCUGAAGAAUAUAUUUAUGAACAAACAGCAAGCAGCACUUUUCAGUAUACUCUAGAAGCUACCAAGUCAUUGCGUCAAAAGCAGGGAGAGGGACCCAUGACCUACUUAAACAAAGGACAGUUCUACGCCAUUACUCUGAGUGAGACGGGUGACAACAAGUGUUUCAGACAUCCCAUCAGCAAAGUCAGGAGUGUGGUCAUGGUUGUAUUCAGUGAAGAUAAAAACAGAGACGAACAGCUGAAGUACUGGAAAUACUGGCAUUCACGGCAGCACACAGCUAAACAGAGAGUCCUUGACAUAGCUGAUUACAAGGAGAGUUUUAACACCAUUGGGAACAUUGAAGAAAUUGCAUACAACGCUGUGUCCUUUACUUGGGAUGUCAAUGAAGAAGCAAAGAUUUUCAUCACAGUGAAUUGCCUGAGCACAGAUUUUUCUUCACAAAAAGGUGUAAAGGGGCUUCCUUUGAUGAUUCAAAUUGACACUUAUAGCUACAAUAAUCGCAGCAAUAAACCCAUCCACCGAGCCUACUGCCAGAUCAAGGUCUUUUGUGACAAGGGAGCAGAGAGGAAAAUUCGUGAUGAAGAGAGGAAGCAAAACCGGAAGAAAGGGAAAGGCCAAACAGCACAAGGCCCAUGCAAUAACUCAGCUGAAGGGAAAUUGACUGCUAUCCCUCUGCAAAAAAAGAGUGACAUCACCUACUUCAAAACAAUGACUGACCUGGAUUCCCAGCCAGUUCUUUUCAUACCAGAUGUUCACUUUGGAAACCUACAAAGGACUGGACAGGUUUACUAUAACGCAGAUGAUGAAAGAGAAGGAAGCAGCAUCCUGGUUAAAAGGAUGUUCCGGCCAGUGGAGGAGGAAUUUGGCCCAUCACCUUUGAAACAAAUGAAAGAAGAAGGACUGAAAAGAGUGCUUCUGUAUGUGAGAAAGGAGACUGAUGAAGUGUUUGAUGCUUUGAUGCUGAAGUCGCCUACAGUAAAGGGGCUAAUGGAAGCAAUAUCUGAGAAAUAUGGACUUCCAGUAGAAAAGAUUGCAAAACUUUACAAGAAGAGCAAAAAGGGUAUCUUGGUAAACAUGGAUGAUAACAUCAUUGAGCACUACUCCAAUGAGGACACUUUCAUCCUGAACAUGGAGAGCACGGUGGAAGGCUUCAAGAUCACACUGACCGAGAUAUAGUUCAGCUCGGAGCCAGAGCUUUUUUCCUGAGGAACCACAGCAUUUCAUCCUUGCUUAACAGAAGAAACUUCCCCAGGAACCUUACAGACUUGUCAACCUUGACCAGAGAAGCUGUUACAAGACUACUUUGAAAAUAUCAUCCUUUCUGCUCUUUGACACUGAAAAUGUGCCCAUCAAACACUGAUUUAAGUUUGUCAAGGACAAGACCAUAUGCAUUAACUUAGUCCUUUAUUUAUUGCUUCCCCAACUCCAACGUACAAACAUUUUUUAGUCCCCAGAUUGAUUACCAGGUGACUCACUGGUAAAUGACUUUUUAAUCCCUACAUUAAUGUGGAUUAAAAUCCUCCCAGAUUAGGUAAAAGAAUCUUACUGGUCCAUCUUGGGAAAUCCAGUUGAAACUGCUUUAACAAUAGCUUGGUCUGCAAUAGCUAAGAAAAAUGGAUACUCCUAAAUAGUAUAGGGCUAACGAUGGGGAAAGUGGCCAAGAGUUCCCCUGUUCAGACUGAUCCACAUUGCCCUAUAGUGUAUAGUCUUGCCAAAUACCUCUGGUAGUUCUCAGCAUGUAGCAACAAGGACUUGUAAGUAAGACAUUCAGCUACAAUGUAAUUUGUAAGUAAACUGGACAUAAACCAUUUUAACCUUGUAUAUAAUGUUUAUAAUAUGCAAUAAUAUAUUUUACCUACUCUGUGAGCAUGUUUACUGCCACUGUUUUUUUCUUUCUUUUUUGUGUGCAUUGGGAUUAGGGAUUAACACAUUCUCUCUUCUCUUAGAGGUUUAGAUUUCUGCAAUCUGCUGAGUAGAAAGGCCGUGUUGAUAAUCACAGGUGUAUUUAUGGGUUAAAUCCCAUAUUUGUAUCAGAGUAUUUACAACUGUUGGUCAAAUUAAUCUACUGGAAAAAUUUAGCCAAUUGCCUUUAAAAAUGGCAUAUACCACAAUUGUGUGUCCAUUCUGUUUGGGCUAGAUCCACAGAAGGAUUUAGGCACCUGCUUGCCUCUCUAAGUAUCUGAGUACAACAUUUAGAUCCUUAAAAACCCUGCCUAGUUGCAGCCUGACGCAAGAGGCACUUCAAAUGUCUGCUUUUGGGUAUGCCUAAGUCUGACAGCAGUGCCUAGCUCACAUCUAAGCACUGUUGGGACUCUGAAAUUAGGCACAAUCUAUAGCACCUGAUCUAAUAGACAUUUGCAAAAUGGACAGGGGAAGAGGAGCAAUUUGUCCUGUAGCCUAGCGGUUAGAGCAUUCACUUGGAUCUUCGGAGGGUGGAGGGGCUCUGGAGUCGUACCUUUUCUCGUCUGAAAAGGACUUGAUCUUAUCUAACCCAGUGGUUCUUAACCUUUUUAUAGACUCGAGGCACCCCUUGCUUGAGUCACCCCUUAACUUUUGUGAAUUGAGCAGCACCCCAUUUCAAAAACUAAUUUAUUAAUUAAUUAACUUAUUUAUUACAGUACUUACCUCCUUGCAGAGAGGUUGGACAGUGGGGACAGGGCAGCAGCCAGGCAGCGAAGAGCCUGAGCCUGCACUUACCUUCUCACACAUGCUUGUCUACUUGUAUCUAGGGGCACCCUUCAAAAGAGCUCCCAGAACCCCACUCUAGUUGAGAAUCACUGCCCCACCUGUUAGGCCUGAGGGCCACUCUUCCACUUUGCAUAGAAUAAUUUAAAUCUUGAUUUGGUCAGAGAGAGAGAAACUAAUUGCUAGGGCAGGGGAGGGGCAGAGAAGGAGACCCAAGUUCCAUUCCCUGUCCCAUCAAGCCAAGGAGGGAUUUGAACCCUAGUCUCUCUCAAUCAUCGACAAGUGCUCUAAAUGGUAAGGUUAUUAGGUAAAAUGUGUGAAAGGGGCAAUGCCUUUUAGGUUUUGUGCAAAGGGACUGAGCUAGGCAGAUGACUGCUGGAGAGGGUUUAUGGUUGUGGAUUCUGUGUGGAGGGAAAUGCCCUUGAGUUAAAUGCCCAGCUCUCUUUGAGGAGUGGAGCUAAGCCCUGCUAAAUUUGUGGGGCUAAAUUACAAAUCUUUUCCUAGAAACAAACCUAAGUGGCUUUCUUUAUGGUGUAUUGACUGCUGUGGUUCCCAUUCUUAGCCAUCUAAUUAGGACCAUAGGACUGGAGAGGGCCUCCCAAGCUAUCAAGUCUAAUUCCCUGUGUUCACAGGCAACCCAAGGAUUUCCCAAAGUGAUCAUUUCAAAUCCCAGUGACCACUUCAAAUGAUCACAUAUACAACAAUAAGGAACACCCUACAGAAUGCCAGGAACACCCUACGUUAUGCCAUCAGUAAAAGCAGGCGAGACAAGGAUGCAGUUUGUACACUGCCACAGGAAAGUGAUUGGUUAAUAGAUAGUCAGCUGAUCCUAUGAAGAUGACCAUGCCCCAUGAUACAGAGGAAGGAAGCCCCUCACUUCCUCUUUCUCCCACCUCCAAGUCCAAGCCAACUUGACCUAGGAGGAAAAUUUCUUUCUGAUCUUACAUUUGGCAGUUGGAGGGACCACGAGAAUAGGAAGACCCUCUGAGUUUUUGAAGUAGUGACAGGAGAAUUGGUACACUUGAAUCCGAAACCCCAGCAUCAUUUGUGGCCGAAACCCCAAUGCUUCAAAGGAAGGCAAAUUCCCACCCCAGAAGCCAAUAUCAUUGAUAAGGGACAAAGGAUACCCUCAAAGUCCCUACAGGUAACCAGCAAAAGUGCUGAAGCAUGGGAUUAUCAGACCAACCACACUACCCAAGCAUGAAUUGUAUCUACUGUGGUGACACCUAACCUAGGCCUGUGGCUCCUGUGAGGCAGAAAGGUACACAAGUCCCUUUGUGAAUCUAGUCCUUUUAGUUUUCCUUAUUUUUUCUCUGCCAUCUUUCUUUCCAUUAUGGCACAAUAUUUGUUGUUUUCACUCAUGUCAUUGGAACAAGCACCUCAAGAUGUCUUGCCAAAAUUAAUGGAGCCUGAUGCUCCACUGUUUUGAACUUCGCUUGGUCAUUUCCAUCUGUGCAUAGUGAUCAGUGUAAAAUGCUGCCAUUCUGACGGGAGGAUUUCGCACUUGCUUUGCAUGGAUGAACGUGACUUGAGAAACAAGCCAACAAAUGCCUUCAGACAGGUUGAGUUUGAGUAGCGCCAAUGAAACCAGCACUCUGUGGUAGGGAAGUUAAGCACUCACAUAAGCAGUAAAGCCUAAUUGUUUAGUCCAGGAGACUCAGAUGUACUGUUUUCAGAGUUGACUUGUCUGCUUUUCUGGCUGCAGUCCUGGUCUUCUGUUUUUAAUUUCUUUCUUGCCCGUGCCAUCACUGCCUCUUUGUAACUCUGUCUCUGUGAAACUGUGUUGCAGUCAUGUUUUUGUCUUUUUCCUAAUACACACAGUCUGUCAAGGCUCAGCCUAUGUUGAAUACAGUCAAGAGUGGACAUAGUAAAAGGAUCAGAAUCUCCUGGUGUUUGAACUGAAAUUAGUUGUUAGGUUUGUGUUUGAAACAAGGGCCUAUGCUUAGUUAGGCAUGGCCUUCAUUUCCAUGACA